ACAUCUUGGGACAAGCUGACAGUAUCUUUCAGAUGAACCUCUGCCUAAAAGCAUGCCAUUUGUAUAUGCUAGUCAGUCUUCUUGAAACAUGGAUGAAAAAGGCAAUGAGAAAUACAACCAAGCUAGCCAAAUAUUUGAAACCUUUGUCCAAGCCUCAACAUGCAAAGGUUCAAUUCAGGCCUUUAAUAUUCUCACUCGUCAUCUUGAACUAGAUCCUUUGGACAACAGGAACUUUUAUACUAAACUUAAAUCAAAAGUGACCAGUUGGAAGGCCAAAGCUUUGUGGAAUAAGCUAGAUAAAAGAGCAAGCCAUAAAGAAUAUAAACGUGGGAAGUCUUGUGCAAACACUAAGUGUUUGAUUGUUGGAGGUGGUCCCUGUGGUUUGCGGACUGCCAUAGAACUUGCAUUUCUUGGAGCCAAAGUCAUAGUCGUAGAAAAGCGAGACACUUUUUCAAGAAACAAUGUGCUUCACCUCUGGCCGUUUACUAUUCAUGAUCUUCGAAGUCUGGGAGCUAAAAAAUUUUAUGGGAAAUUUUGUGCUGGAUCAAUUGAUCACAUUAGCAUUAGACAACUUCAGCUUAUCCUCUUCAAGGUUGCACUGCUGCUGGGAGUUGAAAUCCAUGUGAAUUUAGAAUUUGUGAAAGUUCUGGAACCUCCUGAAGAUCAAGAAAAUCAAAAAAUAGGUUGGAGGGCUGAAUUUCUCCCAAUGGAUCAUCCAUUAUCAGAGUUUGAAUUUGAUGUCAUAAUUGGGGCUGAUGGCCGGAGAAAUACUUUGGAAGGUUUUAAAAGGAAGGAAUUUCGUGGAAAGCUGGCUAUCGCCAUUACUGCCAACUUUAUAAAUAAAAAUACAACUGCAGAAGCCAAGGUGGAAGAGAUUAGUGGUGUUGCUUUCAUUUUCAACCAAAAAUUCUUCCAGGAUUUGAAAGAAGAAACGGGAAUUGACCUGGAAAAUAUUGUUUACUAUAAAGAUAGCACUCACUACUUUGUGAUGACUGCAAAGAAACAGAGCCUUCUAGAAAAGGGGGUCAUUAUUAAUGAUUUUAUUGAUACUGAAAUGCUACUAUGUGUGGAAAAUGUAGACCAAGACAAUCUACUAUCCUAUGCAAGAGAAGCUGCUGACUUCGCAACUGAUUACCAAUUGCCUGCCUUAGAUUUUGCAAUUAAUCACUAUGGGCAACCAGAUGUGGCCAUGUUUGAUUUUACUUCUAUGUAUGCCUCUGAAAAUGCUGCAUUAAUACGUGAGAGGCAUCGACAUCAACUGUUGGUUGCUCUUGUUGGAGAUAGUUUAGUAGAGCCGUUCUGGCCAAUGGGUACUGGUUGUGCAAGAGGAUUCCUAGCUGCAUUUGACACAGCAUGGAUGGUGAAAAGCUGGGCACAAGGAAAGCCCCCUCUUGAUAUCCUUGCAGAAAGGGAAAGUAUUUAUAGACUCUUACCUCAGACAACACCUGAAAAUAUCAGUAAGAAUUUUGACCAGUACACUAUUGACCCUGCCACACGAUAUCCAAACUUGAACUCAGGCUGUGUUCGGCCUCAUCAGGUGAAACAUUUAUAUAUUACAAAUGAGCUGCAGCCGUGCCUACUAGAAAGAGCAAAUACCAUCAGAAGAUCAACUGGUCUUUCAAAACAUGAAUAUGACAUAAAGCCCAACAAACUUUUAACCUGGUGUCAGAAACAGACCGAAGGAUACAAGAACGUGAAUGUCACAGAUCUCACCAGUUCGUGGAAAAGUGGCCUUGCCUUAUGUGCAGUUAUGCAUCACUUCAGACCUGACCUCAUUGACUUUGAUUCCCUGAAUGAAGAAGAUGCAGUCAAAAACAACCAGCUAGCCUUUGAUAUUGCUGAACGAGAAUUUGGAAUUCCUCCUGUCACAACUGGGAAAGAAAUGGUGUCUGCUGGAGAGCCUGAUAAACUCAGUAUGGUCAUGUAUCUCUCAAAAUUCUAUGAGCUAUUUAGGGGAACACCUCUGAGAUCAGUGGGUUCUGUGGCCAAACAAAAUGGAGAAAGAAUUGAUUCUUGUUCAACAAAGUCAUCCAACAUUGUCUUUAAUAAUUACAUAAACUUGACAUUUCCAAGGAAGAGAAUACCAAAAGUGGAAGAAAAUGAAACCAGUAAAAGGCGACGUAAAAGUCUCAUCAGUUUUGAAGAGUCUUCAAACCAUUUAAAUCAAGAAAGAAAUUCUAAUAAUCAGCCAAGGGAUUUGAAAGAAGCAAUAAAUCGAAACAAAGUGAAGUCAAUGGCAACACAGCUCUUAGCCAAGUUUGAAGAGAAUGCACCCAAUGUUUCACUAAGGAGACAGGAGCCAGUAAAUAGACCAGGUUUGCUUCUUGCUUCUGAAUCUCCUAUAUACCCUCGCUUUGCUAAACCCAAGGAGACAACCGAUACUCUGCCAUCUCCACCAAAGCAACAGGCCAUAGCUAGGACGGACUGCGCUGUCAGGAAACCCUUGCAGCCUGUGCCUGAUGAGCAACCAGUGGCCAAGCCUUUCAGAUGCAUAGAACCAAGUGAGCUGAAGUCUAGAUUCUCUGAAACGCUUGCAUCUUCCUGUCCUGCUGCCCUUGCACUCUCUGGUGUUCUUCAGCGCCUUCAGGAUGUGGAGGAAAAAAUUAAUCAGAAAAAAGCUCAGUCCGUAGCAAAUAGAGAAUUUCAUAAAAAGAGCAUUAAAGAGAAAGCUGCUCAUCUGGCCUCCAUGUUUGGUUGUGUUGACAUCCCCAAGAAUCCACUUCCUACUAAAGGUCUCUCCCAAUCCCAGCUCCCAUCUCCCGCUUUACCAUCUCAUGAUCCAACUGCUUCCUCUUCAUCUAUAGACUCUGCUUCCUCUGCUGUUCUUUCUGAAAAGAUGACAGUAGGGAAGGUGUCACAUGGAAUAGAUGCUGUAGCACAAGUCCUUGUCAAUCUGUACAGGAAUGAUCACAAGCCCAGUCUGUUGUCUGCACCUUUGCAAUUGGCAUCUUUGAAAAGAGAAUUUCCUCAGACAAUAGGUGGGAGUGAUAUCUGCUAUUUCUGUAAGAAAAGAGUCUACGUCAUGGAACGUUUGAGCGCGGAAGGCCACUUCUUCCACCGAGAAUGUUUCAGAUGUAUCAUAUGUGCGACAACUCUCCGCCUAGCAACAUAUACCUUUGAUGCAGAAGAAGGUAAUUUUUACUGCAAGCUUCAUUUUGCACAAUGUAAAACAAAGAACAUGCACAGAAAGAAGAGAGCGGAGAUAAAGGAGGAAGCAGAAUUACAGAGGCACCAAGAACCCAUGUAUGAAGAAACUAGCUCAGAAAGUGCUUUUGCUACCAGUAGCAGCUCAGAAGACCGGUCGCCAGACUAUUACAACCAUCCAGUAGAUGAAUCCAUCUCUCUAAAGAAGUGCAAGACUAUCCCCAAACUUGACUUGAGAGGCAGAAACUCCUUUGCCACUUCUGAAUGGGCUUUGGUCAGACUUACCCCAGAAGAGAAAGCUGAUCACAACCUUCUGGCAGUCCAAGUCCUGGUCACCAGUGAUGGAAGCAGCUCAGAAGUAGAAUCUGAUCUUUUGGGCAAUUCAGCCAUAUCUGAAUCCUCAGAAGAGAUGUUGGCAUUGGCUGAGCCCUGGAGCUGCAUCCCAUCUUCAGAGAGACCUCCACUGUUCAACGCAAAUUUGGGGAAGGGAAAUGAUCGCCUUGAAAAAUCCAAAGCUGCUAAUGCAUUACAACGAGCCUACAAUCUUUGCGACUCUUCUUCAUCAAAAAAAUACCAGAACUGGAAAAAGAAAAUUCAGUCGAAUUUUCCUCUAGUGUACUACAAGAGAAGUGGACCAUCUUCGAAUGAUACUUCUGCCAGCCUUCAGCAAGAGUUUGAGGAGAGCUGCUUCAAGACAGAGCUGACAUCUCCCAACAAAAUUCCAGAAAUGAGAGCACAUUUCCAACCUCACAGCCCAGAAUUUCAAAACAAAGAAAAAGCCACAGACGGACCUGGAAAAAUCCCUUUCUAUAUUCCCCAUUACUGCUGCAUAGGUAGUUAUCCAAUGGCACACAGUGAAUCCCUUUCUCAUGCUGAUUGGACUUCAGUUCCCAGUUGCCUUAAACCUGGAGUCAACUGCUGUGGCACAGAUGAGCAAUAUUUAGGAAACGAAGCAAGAAAUAGUCAGCAACUGCCUUCAAGAUUAUUUACAAAAAACUCAGACAUAUCCUCUGUAAACCUUGAUGAAGAAGAUAAAACUGCUUCAGUGCCUGCCAAAGAACAGCAGGACAGACAUUUAAACAAAGCUAAAAGUAAAAUAAUGAGGAAGUUAACUCUUUCAAUGGAGCGGCAGGCCAGAGCCCUUGCUCUGAACAAUUCUCAACUAGAUGGGGCAAGAAUUGCACAUCCCAGCCAAGGAAUUCCAGGGCCAAAGAAUGCUUAUUUUACUAGAGAUGAGCACAUUCUAAAGCAACCUAGUUAUGGUAGGUCUCCUAAAUUCUCAGAUAACCAUUUGCCAGUUUUGGUUCCUGAGCACAAACUUCUAAAAUAUGUUGAUAAAUGUCCAAAAAAAUGCAUGGCUGCUCAGCCUAAAUGGUCACUGAAAGUAAUGGCCAAUGCCAUUAAAAAAUCCAUUCUAGAACCUCUUACUUCUCCCUCAGAAGGUUUGAAAAAAAGCCAGGACGGACAUACCAAACUUACUUUGGAAAACACCUCCUUCAAUUUCCCUCAUAGCCUGACUCAUCCUGAAAGUCUGAAAAAUACUAAGUAUCAGGAAGACUCCAAUGCACAAAUGCAGGACUUCAUUGUGCUGAGUACCACAGAACAGGGCCUUGGACCUGGGAGUUCAGGUAUCUCUAACUUUUCCAGGAGUCCAAUUGAAGGUUGUCUAUAUGAUGAUAAAAGCUCAUAUUUUCGAGAAUACCAAGUGCAUAUGAGCCCAUCCAGCAAAACUCACCAAUCUGAACAUUCUUACUCUAAGGAAGUUGAUGUUCCCACACUUUUAGAAAGAUUUACUCUUAAAGAAAAUGGCCGGAAGUCAUCCACUGAUGAUUGGCAUGCUUGUAAUCAAAAGAACAUGCUGUAUUCAUCUUUAAGGCAUAAAAAGAAAAGUGAUGAUGCCAUCUUACAUGGUCCACUUCAGAGGAACAAUGUGUGGGAUCUGUUCAGUAAUCUGAGGAAUAAAGAAGAUGACAACAUUAAAAGGCCUUUGUUAGUGCCAACUGUGUCUCCCACUACCAUCUUUGAUGUUGAUGAAGUACUAAGUAAUUCUUCCAAAGGAGAAUAUUUGGGAUCUGAACGUCUACCUGCCGGGAAACAAGCCACGAUUGGCAAUUGCUCAUCAUCCUCUGAUGGUGAACGGGAAUAUGAGCCUUCACUGCCACUCAAGGCUAAAAGUACUCCUAGAAGAAACAGAAAGUUGGCAAAGGAAACAAAGAAACUGGUUAAACAAGAAGAACUAAAAAGACUUCACAAAGCACAGGCUAUCCAACGGUUAUUGGAAGAAGUGGAAGAGCAACAGCGAGCCCUUGAGGUGCAUGGUGUUCAGCUAGAGAGGGAGCUACGAGGAGAAGCGGAUUCAAGCACACAAGAUGAAGCUCAAUUAUUACAUGAAUGGUUUGAACUAGUAUUGGAGAAGAAUAGAUUAAUGAGCUAUGAAGCUGAACUCUUGAUCAUAGCUAAAGAUAUAGAACUGGAAGAUCAUCAGAAUGACUGGAGGACCGAGACAGAAAAAUAAUUACUGAUAAGCAAAGUAGAUGUUUAAGGUAAUG